CACACUUUUUUUGCUAAAUCCAUAACCCAUAACCCAUAACUCCUGACUUCCUGAGACCUGAGUUCUUACUGCCUUCCCUCUUCCUCAUUCCCCCAAAUUGCAAAACCCUAACCCAUCUCUUCCCGAUUUAUUUCUCGUGUUCCACUGUUCCGGCUGUCCCCACUCCGCCGCAGCCGAGCAACGCUGCCAACGCACGCAGCCUCGCAGACUCGCAGUCGUCGCAGCCCCUCAGCCAGUCAGCCGUAGUGAGGAUGCUAUCCCGCACAAGAUGGGAGGUGGUACUUCUUUACCCCAAGAGAAAAAAUGUAUCCUAAUGGGGGUCGUCCGAAACGAAGCGCAUCGAACGGUAAAUGGAAAGCCAUAUCAAGACCAUUCGAUAUUACCGAUAAGCGUUAUGGAAUACUUAUUGGACACAAAAGAAUUUUAGCUUACGAGGAAAUAGGCGAUUCUAAUGAAAAGACUUUGAAUCACAAGAAAAAGUCUAAAAAGACUUUGAGUCAUAAGAAAAAAGAUGAUGAUUCUAAACCAAUUACGACCAUUUGGGGCAUGUACGAAUAUUGGAUCCAUGAAUCGUCCGAAAUACUUCAAUUGAAAAAAGAUUAUCCGAGUACAAGGUUGGAUUACGUGCUAUGUAUCAUAUACAAAAAGGAAAACAAAGGAAAAGGCAGAAAGAAGUCGAAAAAUUCACCACUAGUAGCGACUGAUAAAAAGGAAGGACAACUUGUACUGAAUGACAAACGUGCUGAGAACGCGGCCGUCGGUACUACAAUCGAGCAUCCCUGCACUAGUCUUCCAAUCCCAUCAGCCUUCGAGGUUGGAAGUACAAGCAGUAGUACCAUAAACCUUGCUGAGAACGCAGCCGUCGGUACUAUAAUCGGGCAUCCCUGCACUAGUCUUCUUAUCCCAUCAGCCUUCGAGGUUGGAAGUACAAGCAGUAGUACCAUAAACCUUGCUGAGAACGCAGCCAUCGGUACUAUAAUCGGGCAUCCCUGCACUAGUCUUCUUAUCCCAUCAGCCUUCGAGGUUGGAAGUACAAGCAGUAGUGGUAGCAUAAAACCUGCUGAGAACGUAGAUGUCGGUACUACAAUCGAGCAUCCCUGCACCAGUUCUUCAAUGCCAUCAACCUUCGAGGUUGGAAGUACAAGCAAUAGCACCAUAAAUGAAUAUCCCGGCCACACAAGUAUGCCAUCAACGUUCGAGGUUGGUAAUACAAGUAGUAAUACUAAUAAUGCUACUUAUAAUUUCGACGACAUAAUGAUGGACCUUUCGUGGUUGAACGAGUAUAUUUAAAAGAGUUAUUUGAUUUAUAGAAUUCUGAAAAUAUAAGAUUAUGGAAUUUCUUGCUAGAGGUAAAGGUAGUGGUCGGAAUUUUGAGCUAGUAGAUUUUAUUUAUUUUAGAUUGUUAAGACAAACAAAGCCCCUCGCCAUUUUUCUUUCUUCAUUUCACAA